AUGAAGAUUCGUCUGUGUGGUGAGUAUGCACCAUUGGAAAACAAGCGCGGAAGAUCUUCGUCGCGAACUCUGUCAAGGUCCAGGUCGCGUACUCGUUCCCGCUCUCCUGUGAGAUCUCCGUCGCCACGUGAUAGACGUGGCCGUAGUCGGUCUCGUUCGCCGCAUCGACGUAGACGAGUUUCACGCUCUGCGUCAGGAUCAAGGAGUGGAAGCCGAUCAUCGGAUCGGCGUGAUUCGCGACGCUCUCGCUCGCGUAGUCCACGACGUCGGGAUUCGUACAUGCGAAGCAGGCGAGACAGUGGAGACAGAGGAAGCAGAUGGAGGGGUCGUCCGACUAGAAGAGAAGAUCCCGAUCCUUGCAGGUGCCUGGGUUGUUUCAAUCUGAGUGUGUACACUACCGAGAAGGAUUUACGAGAGCUUUUCGGAGAAUUCGGUGAAAUUGAAAAGGUUGAACUGGUUUACGAUCAUCCCACAGGACGUUCCCGCGGCUUUGGAUUCGUGUACUUUGAACGUCUAGAGGAUGCGUGUGUUGCACGAGAUAAGCUGACCGGGCAAGAGAUAGAUGGGCAUAAGAUACGCGUCGAUUAUUCGCUGACAAAAAGAGCACACACUCCAACACCCGGUCAGUAUAUGGGGGCUGUUCGAGGAGGUCGAAGGACUUAUGGAUAUGGUUCAGGUGGAUACAGAACUGAGCGUCGAGAAUCGUAUAGGGACGGUUACGUAGGACGUAGUAGUCGGUAA